GUUAUCCGCAUCGGAAUUGAAAAAUCACAUCUCACAUUCACUUCUUCCGAGAAAGAGCUCCAGAUCGAAAAAUAAAAAGAAAUAAUCUAUCAAAAUGUUCAAAUUUACCGUUCUUUGUUUAAUGGCUGUAUUUGCUUCCGCUAUCGCUGCUCCUGGACUAGUUUCUCCACUUGCUGCAUACGGUGCAUCUCCUUAUGCUACCCAAAUCGGAUAUGGCGCUCCAUAUGUUGCACCAUACGCUUCCAGCUACAACGCCCAUCAAAUCGACCAUGCUGUAGCUUAUCCAGCUUACCAAUAUGCUUCGGCUGGUUAUGCUGCACCUGGAGCCUAUGCCGGUCAACAAGCUGCAUAUGCAACUCUUCCAGCAGCUUAUGCUGCUAGUCCCGCUGGAUAUGCGGCUGCACCAGCUGGAUAUCCAUUCCCAGCAGCUUAUGCUUCUCAUCCUGGCUAUGCAGCUUCACCAUACGCAUCAGCUUUAUAUAAGUAAAUUUAAAUAAAAAUUAACUAAU